UCUUUGUCAAACGGAUGCGCAAAAUGUGCUGGGCGGUCUUUUAGCUUUCGUUUUUUGCUUCCGAAUUUGAUUUUUUGUAAUCAUACUCAUUUCUUUUAAAAGACGUAGUGGUAGUAACCCUGCUCCUGUAGGUCGUUGCUUCAAGAAGCAACAGGUUGUGAUUACUGCUAACAACAUGGAAUCACUGUCUGUGUAUCAUGGUGCUAUCAGCAAGGAUGCCACAAUGAGACUUCUCAGUUCAGUGGGAAAAGACGGCAGCUUCUUAAUACGAAACAGCGAGACCAAGCCCGGAGUUUAUUGCCUUUGCGUAUUGUUCAAAGACUGCGUGUACACCUACAGGCUAUAUCAGUUUCCUGGAGGAUCCUGGGUUGCAGAGUCUACUCCGGGUACCCAGAAGCGCUUCUUUCGUAAUGUGAAGAAUUUGAUCGCCGCCUUUCAGAAACCGGACCAGGGAAUCGCCAUUCCUCUGCUCUACCCUGUCAACGCCGAAAAUCGAUCGCGCCAACCAAACAAAAGAUGAAGCUCUACAAGCCUAUCUCCCGAAGAUGCUGAAAUAUGUAUUUAAAGUCAGUUCAAAGCAUCCAAAGCAAAUCAGGAUUUGAAUUGGAUUAAUUGAUACAUUUUAAUAAGACAUUUUUGAAACACUUUGAACCAGCUCGAAAUGUGAAAGAUGCUGAAAUAUGUAUUACGUUGGUUUAAAGUGUCCAAAGUCAAUUUGCAAAAUUGAUAUGCAUCAGUCCUAAACGUGUAAUAUAACUCUUACAUGAAGACAUGUUUUGUUUUUCAGUUUACUGUUUCUACAAGAUGUUAUUUUUGUUAUUGGGUGAUUACAUGCUAGCAUCUGCUUCUCCUAUAUUGUAAGUGGCUCUAGAUCACUUUUCUCAGUAAAUGAAAUUCAUUUUGUAAACUGAAAUAAAAAUAAAAAUGAGAGGCCUCAUUUAUACAAACAUCUUGGAAUUAAUGCUAAAUGUGAGUUUCAUAAAAUGUUCUGAUAAAUGAUUCCUAAAUCUUUCCAAGCUUAUUAACUCCACCCAGUUAACACCCCUUGAAUAUACUUAUAUGUCUUUGUUUUUCUGUUAUACUCCUUGUGAAACCAUUGUUAAAUGAUAUAAAAUUGAUAUAUAGCAAAUGUAUUUAGAUAUUACAGAAAUGUUAAUGUUAUACAUUUCAUACAAGAGCCUAGCUUUUUUUCAAUGUCGAGUUGUCACUGACAGCCAUCAAUUCAAGCCUUCUGUUGUUCACUCUCAACUGCAUUUAUGUACAUCAAUCAUUGGCAUGUGAUAUAUAUUUAAAUUGUGCGCCUAUUAUAUGUCUUAAAACCAUGAAAAUA